UUGGGAUCCAGGCCCCCAGGUCGGGACACCGACACGCGCCUCCUCCUCCUCCACCACACCGGCGGCGGCGACCCACGCCUCCUCCUCCGGUCCUCCUCCCGGCGGCGGGGACUCACGCCUCCUCCUCCGCACACCGGCGGCCCGCGUGUCCUGCUCCUUCCGGCGGUCUGGCCGCCUUCGUCCUUGCUGGGUCGUGCCCCAGCGGCGGCCCGCGCGCAGUCCGUGCCCAGGGGCAGAGAUGGGAAGGGGAAGGAGGAGCCGCGCGGAGCCACGUUCUCGUGGCUUUGCCUCCCAUGUGUAAGCCGAAAACGGCUUCACGAGCAGCUUCGAGAACGGAGCUGCUGCGCGCCCACCCGUUUGGCAGGGCUCCGCCCGAAGCCGGUGUUGGAGCCCUGCCAAACACAGGGCCCUAGUAGCCGGCGAGCGCAUGCAGCACGGCUCCAUUGCCACGAGCCACGCGUCCGCCACGUCGGCGCGCUCGAACACGUGUCCUGUCGUUCCUCCGGUGUGCUGUGCCGCUACAUAGGUGUACAUAUUUAUAUAUAGCCCAUCAACAUAAAGGAAAUUCAAUUCAAUUCAAUCGGCCGCUUAGCUUAGCUUGCUCGCUUCAUCGUUGCAUUGGAUUGUUCAGAUCGAUCAGCAGCAGCAGCAGGAGGAGGAUCGGAGGAGGACAUGGCGGCUUCGGUUGCGCGGCAUCAGCUUGAGCAGCAGCCGACGGCACAAAAACAAUUGGGGGCGACGAGCAUGAUGGCGCGGGUGGAGCGGCUGGACCUGGUGCUGGGCUACCUGGAGGAGAUGAUGCAGCAGCGGCGGCGGCGGCGCGGCAGCCGCAGCACCACCGCCACUUGCUCGCCCUCCACCCCUGCAGCUACAUGCGGCGGCGGCCUCAUGGCGAUGAGUAGUGAUGACUCGUCGGCCGCCAGCACGCCGCGGGGGAGCAAGAGCGAGAGCUGGCGGCGCGCGUCCAGCUGGUGCCGCCCGGCCAAGGAGGCGCUGGAGGAGGCGCAGGCCAAGGGCACCCUCGUCGACCGCAUCGCCUUCCUAGAGGACCGAGUGCUCAAGAUGGAGGAGGACAUGGACAUCAUCACGCCGGAGAAGACGACGAUGACGAUGAGCGACUAUGGCCACGACGCCAGGGAUCAUCGCAGCAGCAGCAGCAAGAAGAAGGCGCUCAAGAGCUUUGUCAAAUCCUGCGUCACAGGCAAACUCAAGACCAAGGACUAGCUUAUUAGCUACCACCGCCUACUAGCUAGUGUAGUACUAGCAGCAUACAACAUAUAUACUACUAGUACGCGUAUAUGUAUAUGCCGUGUGGCUGCCACCAGCACAGUUACUCUCCAUAUACUAUAUCAUCAUAUACUACUAGUAGUACUAGUAAAGUGCCCGUGCUAACGCCACGGAUAAUGCAGACUUAUAAAAAAACACGGAUUCCAAAUAUGGGUACAUGAGCAAAUAAGCCAUGGCCUAUCAAUUAUCGACAUUGCAAAGUGCCAUCAAGAACCAGCUCAAACGCAAAA